AUGCAAGAUAAUUUCAAGGGGACGAAAUUGUCCGCAUUGGAGCGUAGAAUAAUGGACAGCUUGAAGAUAGAAGAAAGACAUGAGCAACUCCUGAAUGUGCUUCCUUUGUAUAGGAGAGUGACUCUGGCAUUAAUUCCACCUUUGCAAUACUCUAUUGGCUUUCUCCACCCCCAUGAGGAUGAUUCAAAGGAAGAGGGGGAAACGGAGGGAGAGGAAAACAAGGGGGAAAAAAAGAAUCCAGAAAACCUCUCUAGUGAUGAAAUAGAUGUGGCAUGCCCUUUGGAGGAAGAGCUGGCUCUGAACUCCUUCUUAAAUGCGCUUACGACUGCGGUAUUUUAUGCCAGUGCUGAACCACUUAAAUCUUAUCGCAAGGGUCCUCCUAAAGAAAAGGAAGAACAAGUAUAUUCUGUGGCUGAUGAAACAGACCAAGGAGUGGCUGCUGAAACCCUCAAGGAGGAAACUAAUGAACAAUUACAAAUCUCCGAAGAUGAGCCUAAAUUCGGAUCCGUUAUUGAUGAGAAGGACAUACAUGACGCCAGCCUGGUCUCUGACUCUGACAUCUCUUCGGACACUUCAACACUUUCUGAGGCCCGCAGAGUCCUCACCGGAAGUGGCAAAGUGCCUGACAUUGAUCAAAUGACUCCUUGGGAAAAAUCUGUCUUUCAGAAAGUUAACCUUCUUUUGAACCAUGACCAGGGUAUUUUCCUGUAUUCUACAGAAGAGAAAAGAGAAGAGCCAGAUUUCGAAGCCUUGCCUUGGUAUAUUGCCAACAGAUUGAAGAAGACAUUCGGACUACUGGAUAAUGAUCAAUUCCAUGGCAGGUUUGAAGCAUGGCUCGUCCGUGACGUCCUCUUACUGGGUUAUAUAUACUUGACCUCGAGCAGUUUGUGUUAUUAUUCUUUGUUACCUGGGGCUUUGUCAGAAGAGAAGGAUACCAAAGACGACCGCAAGGUUGAAGAAGGUGCUUUAGGCUUCAAAUUGGGGCAUUAUGGAGAUUCUUAUUACAAUCUGGUUCACAAGCACUUAUUUUGGGCAGUGUUGACAUCACUGAAUUUGUGUCUUUAUACAUCUUCAUCCGAAAUGUUUUUCCCAGUCAAAGUUGUUGAUUUGAAGACAGCACUGUAUUGUGAGGUCUUGACAGAGCCUGUCGGGACUUUAGGUCAAAAAAGUGAGCAACAUGAUACAAAAUUAUCCAGAUCCUUGUCUGACUCCCUGCUUUCUCAGCUCGAGUCAGAUGCCUCUAGCAUAGCCGAUUCAAGCGACGAAAAUGCAGAAUCAUUGCAAGGUGGUGUAUGGUUUAGGAUAGUUUGUGACAAAAAGUCAUACAAGUUCCACACCAGAAAUAUCUUCACAGCUCGUCAUUGGUGCAAUGCCAUCACUAAGCAAAUAUUUCAGCUCAAAAAUUCCAAUGUUCAUAGAGAAGUGGUACUAAAGAUUCCCUUUGAUAAGAUUCUUGAGUUCAGAAAAAACUUCGUCCUUGCCGAAGCUGAUGAAGAUAUUGUGUUAGAUAAUGAUACUCCUGUGACUUUCACAGCGAAAUACAACACCGUGAUUCGCAAAAAAGGGAUAGACGGCGAGCAACAAAAGAAUGCGAUCCCACAAAGUGGGAACGUUUCAUAUGAUUUUGUCCAUUUUCUCUUGUUUAAUCAAGGUAAGGACGUUUGGGAUGCGAUUGAAAAACUAUUAGCUGAAUCUCAAAAGUUGGAUGUUGUAACAGAAAGUGACGAAAGUACUCAAGGGUAUGAAAAUCAAGGCUUGGAAAAUGUGCCUAGUAUCAUAUCCACACUUGAAGCCGACCUCGAAAGUUCGAUGUCGAUUAUUGACAAGAUUGCACGCGUAAAUGAAGAUGUGUAUCAAUUGCGUGAACGAGAAAGAUACAAGUUCAAGAACGGAGUAGAAGAAUUUGCUAAACUAGGAAAGGAAUCCCCGGAAAAGAAUAAUGUCGUAUCUAAGAUUCUAUCGAAGCCAAUGAAAAGGAAGGGAAGCUCCAAAAUUUUUUGCAAUUCCGGUUCGUCUGGAUCUACGGAAAGUUCUUUAAAUCGUAUUCUCGGAGAAGAUGGAAGUGGUACGGACUUUCUAACUGAUUUGGUCAUGGAUGGUCAUCACUUGCAAUUUCCGAGACCAUUUUCUGUUCAAACACUCAAAAGUUUGGAUUUGCACAUGUCAUCAUCCACUAAGAGCCGAAAAGAGUUGGAAAAGAAUUACGCCAAGUUGGUAGCUAAGAACAAGGAAGAUGAAGACGACGUGGAUCCAUUUUUGGAUGAACAGGAUGAAAGCCUGGAGAUAACAAAUGAAUCUGUCUAUACCAACGAAACAGGGAAUACUCAGGACAUAAAGGAAGGAAGGAGAGGAUUGAAACAGAGAUUCAAAAUGUUAUAUUCCACAUCUUCAAUCGCACCCCCCAGAUCGGAUUUGCGAGCAAGCCUGACGGAGUCAUUAUCGUUGAAGACUGACCAGGAUCGCGAAAGUGCGAUGAAGAAGCUACGCAAAUACUUCCACGCUGACCCAUCUGAAGAGUUAAUGGCAAUUUACAAGGUUUAUUUACGGCGCUCUAUUCCAGUUUACGGAAGGCUAUUUCUCGGAAAGGAAAAGCUCUAUUUCAAGAGUUUGCUUCCAGGGGUAUCUACAAAGAUGAUUUUACCAUUAAAGAAUAUUGCAGAAUGCCGCAAAAGAGUGGGCUCGGUUGUGAAGCUUGCUGGAAUUAGUAUUGUUCUACACGGAAGGGAAGUCAUUUGUUUGGAAUUCAGAUCAAAAAGCGCCAGGAACGAAUGCGAAAGAUUGCUUUCCGUUCAGUCUAAAGCAUGCCAAAGCACGCCAAAGAUUGAAAGGUUACAACAAGAAGUUGAAUUAUCGACGGCGCUACAGAACUCUGAAGAUUCUGACGAAUUGUUAGAAGAAAUCGAGAAGAAAGAGAUCGAAGAGUUGGCGUACAGAAGGGUUAGGGAGGCUCGUGUACGGUUAUUGGAGGAUCGUCUCAGUACAGCUUCAGGUAUAGAGUUCCCACUUAUUAUUGGCGAGGAUCCUAUUUUUUUCAGUGAGAUCAAAAGCUCAGUGUCCUACAACUUCGUCCUUUCAACCAUAGGUUCUAGAGGUGAUGUACAACCGUACAUUGCCUUAGGAAAACAGUUAAUUGUCGAAGGUCACAAUGUCACGAUCGCCACUCAUGGUGAAUUCCGUGAUUGGAUUGUGAGUCACGGAAUAAACUUCAAAGAAAUCGCAGGCAAUCCAUCAGAAUUGAUGUCGUUGAUGGUGAGACACGGAUCAAUGUCUGUUGGCUUCCUCAAAGAAGCGAGUUUAAAGUUCCGCGGCUGGGUCGGAGAUUUACUUUCGACAAGUUGGAAAGCUUGCCAAGGCGCUGAUGUUUUGAUUGAGAGCCCGUCUGCAAUGGGUGGAUUACAUAUUGCUGAAGCCUUGGGGAUUCCAUAUAUGAGAGCUUUCACCAUGCCGUGGUCUCGUACACGUGCAUACCCUCAUGCCUUUAUUGUUCCAGAUCAAAAGAGAGGAGGUUCAUAUAAUCUCUUUACUCAUGUUAUGUUUGAAACAGUCUUUUGGAAAGGUAUAUCCGGACAAGUCAAUAAGUGGCGUGUCGAGACAUUGGGUAUCCCGAGAACAAACUUAGCAAGAAUGCGGCAAACGCAAAUUCCCUUCUUGUACAACAUGUCCCCAGAGAUUUUCCCACCCUCUGUUGAUUUCCCCGACUGGGUCAAAGUGACAGGUUACUGGUUUUUGAAUGAAGGUGCUGGUGAUUAUAAGCCUCCAGAUGACCUUGUCACAUUUUUGAAAAAGGCAAGGGCUGAAAAUCAGAAAGUGGUUUAUAUUGGUUUUGGUUCGAUCGUUGUGAAGGAUGCAAAAAGCUUAACUAAAGCGGUCGUGGAUGCUGUAUUAGCUCUGGGUGUUCGGUGUGUUUUGAACAAAGGCUGGUCUGAUAAAUUGAAUGACGAAAAGGCGGAAAAGACAAAGAUCGAGGUUGAACUUCCUGAGGAAGUCUUUAGUUGUGGAUCAGUUCCUCAUGACUGGCUCUUCAAACAGGUUGAUGCUGCAGUUCAUCACGGUGGUUCUGGAACAACUGGUGCCACUUUACGAAGUGGUUUGCCUACAAUUAUCAAACCAUUUUUUGGAGAUCAAUUUUUCUAUGCGUCUCGGGUAGAAGAUCUUGGGGUAGGGUUGGCUUUGAAAAAGCUUAACGCUAAAUCCUUGGCCAAUGCUUUAAAAUCGAUCACUACGAAUACGGAGUUUGCCAUGAAGGCACAGGCUAUUGCUGAAAACAUGAAACAAGACACCGGAGUAAUGAACGCGGUUGCAGCGAUUUAUUCAGAACUCACUUAUGCUAAGACCUUAAUCCGGUCCAUACGGCUCAGUAAUGAGCAGAAGAGGAAUUCUGACGAUGACUUGGAUUCUUCCGCACAGCUUACAGGUAGCGAAUCUGUGGAUCUGGAUCUAUAA